CAAAAGCCAGAUCUAGAUCGGACAACGAAUGUUGGAAACUGCACGGAAGAGCCAAACGGACAUCUUCCCCAGGCUGUAGAAAUACUGGAAGAUUUAGAUUUUAGAUUCUUUGAAAAUUGUACUAUAGAAAUAUUCCUAAAUGUAUUCAAAGCACCGCUUACCAAAGAGAAGUAUUCCGAAAUGUAAGAAAACAACACGAGAUUUUUAAUAAGAAGAUCAACGAUAAGAAUACAGGAAAGUGUGUAAGAGCUAAGUGUGUAAGAACUAAAUGUGUAAGAACUAAUUGUGUAAGAGCUAAGUGUGUAAUGGCUGAGUGUGUAAGAACUAAGUGUGUAAGGGCUAAGUGUGUAAGGGCUAAUUGUGUAAGAGCUAAGUUUGUAAGAGCUAAGUGUGUAAGAACUAAGUGUGUAAGAACUAAUUGUGUAAGAGCUAAGUGUGUAAGGGCUAAGUGUGUAAGAGCUAAGUGUGUAAGAGCUAAGUGUGUAAGGACUAAGUGUGUAAGAGCUAAGCGGUCGCUUUUGCAGAUUGCGAGAAAAAAUAUCCAUACGGAUUUAAAGGUCUCUCGGCCUUAAAUAAUGGAGGUGGUGUGUCUGAACACAUUCAUGGGCACCAAUCAUGUCAAAUGUACACCACAGUCAUGCUCUGUCAACGGACACCUUUUUGGAGCUAAAACAAAUCCUCUAAUUAGAGGCAAAACACGGUGAGAUGUUCUAUAAAAGCUUUCCAAAAGUCUGAACAAUCAGAUGGUAAUCUUCACCAAUAUAUGAUAAUAAUUUAUUGUUUAACACUCAGUCAUCACUUCAAUGUAAGCGAAUUCUCGAUUUUGUUUAAAUUAUGGAAUUAAGUUCGUCAUAAAAAAAUUUUUUUUUAGAUAGUGAGAACGUAGAGAUGGAACUAUGAGCUUAAACUGAAAAUUCUACAGAAAAACAAGCUGGUCUUAUUAUAAUAUCUGGUCUCAGUAGAAUAUCUGGUCUCAAUAGAAUAUCCGGUCUCAUUAGAAUAUGUGAUCUUGGUAGAAUGACCGGUCUCAAAAGCAUAUCUGGUAUCAGUAGAAUGUUUUACUGUUUCUAUAACAUUAAUAAUUGUUUACUCUUACUACGUUCAUUAUAGUCAUUGUGGUGGUUUUGUUUUCUUUUCGUUUCUUAUAAUAUAAUUUAUAGGAAUAUUAAAUUUUUAAACGAACCAUUCCCCGAAAAGAGUUUAGAGAAUAAGUAAUUAUGUAAAAACUGAAAUGUGAAAGAUUAAAUUGACAAAAUUUUAAAUUGCGGUAAAUAGUAUUCCUCUAGUUAAUAAAGCCCUUAUAUGUACAGAAGGGCCACCUUUAGGAUAUUUAUCAAUCGCAGGAAAGAAAUUGAAAUUGAUAGACCUUAAAGACACAUUUUUAUACUUAAGACAACAAGUAGAAGUGGGGUAUAAAGGACUCUUUUGCAGGUAUUCCAAAAAACAAUAUUACCUCACCAAAGAUUACUAAAACAUGAC